AUGGAAGUCGGACUCAUCCCUCUCAGGCCUCACACAUACUCCACUGCCCUUGUGGUCAAAGUCCUGGGCCCAGAGGACCGCAGCGCGUCCCACCACCACCACUCCCCGCCGCCAACACACACACCACUACACGACCACACUCGUCCUUUCUCCGACCUGCUGUGUAGUAAAACAAUCGCUCCCCCAACGUCUGCAGCUGCUGCCAGAGGUUCUGACACUGCAGGAAUGCACCAUCUGGGGAAAACUCCACACCCUAAGGAGGGGCACGAGCCGAGUGGGGGUCCGAGCUCCAAGAUCCGCGCGUGUCAUAAUUACCAAUAUGGAUACCUCACACGGCUGGUCAUCGAGGCCAACAGACACACUCAAAGACUCUCUGGCAUUUUCUGGACUCCCCUUUCUGCUUUACUAGAGGCUGAAAGGGAUGCCUCCUACCCCAAACCGGGUUCAGACCUCCAGUCAAAGGUGAACAGGCCAGCCGGAAAGAUUUUGUCACCCAAAGAUGCAGGGUGAGAGCUGGAUGCGGGCUGA